CCCACCGUCACCGUCCCUUGAAUUGUCCGCCCUAUAUCACCACUGGACUCUCCUCCCCUAGACAAUAGUCUCCGCUCCUCUCCUCUCCUCCCCCACAUCAUACCACUCGAACCAUCUAGCCUCCCCACUAUCGUCGACUUAGAUGGCGCUAUCGUUCGAUUCUCUCCGCCACCAUUCGCACGUGUACACCAUCGCCCUGUCCCAACCCACCCGCAGAGCCAAUAGACGUUGAUCCGAUGACACCAUGGCCAUCGAUAUAGUCCUCAUGACGGAGCGGGAUAUCCCCGCCGCCGUUCAGUGCGUGCAGACGGCAUUUGCCGAGGAUCCGUAUUUCUGUUGGUUGUUUACAGCGUCACGGUACAACAUCGCCCGCAACGCCGCCUCUCUAACCGCGCACUUCCAAUACGGCCUCAACUGCAACGCCCCAAUGUACAUCGCCCUUCAGCAAUCUAGCACACCCGACAAACCCGCCCGCAUCGUCGGCGUCAGCUGGUGGUUUCCGCCCUCGCCCGCCUCCCCAACAUGGACAACCCUGGCGCAGGACUGGCUGCUGUCCGCGCGCCAGCUCGUCUUCAACAUCCGGUUUGGCGGCCGCGGCGGGCUCAACCUGCGCCGCUACCGGCUGUGGAAGGCGCUGCAGCGGGAUGCGCACGCGAAGCUGUGGACGGACCCGCAGGGGUACUACUUUUGCAAUGUGUUGGCGGUGGAUGAGGCCGCGCGCGGGAUGGGCGUCGGACGGAAAUUGGUGGAGGUGGUUACGCGUAGGGCGGAUCGGGAGGGCCGGCCGUGCUACCUGGAGAGUUCGCGCGGGAUGCCAAAUCUGGUGAUAUAUGGGCGGAUGGGGUUUGAGGUUGUUGGGGAAGUGGAUUGUGUGGAUGGGGGGGAUGCGUGUAAGCUCUAUUGCAUGGUGAGGCAGCCGAAGGUGAAGGCAUAGCUGGGGAGAAGAUCAUGAUUUAUGACUUUACGUGAUGCACUUUGGGUUUGAUUUCUGUAACUGGCAGCUACUAAAUUGUUUGAUCAUAGCUUAAGAUGGAUACUCAUGAUGGGAGUUUCAUUUUUUCAUUCCCCGCAAUGCCAUAGAAUAUGGAGAGUUAGAGUUGGCAGAUCAGUGACAUGAAACGUAC